UUUAUAAUUGAUAGAGGCACACCAACUGGAGACCCCCCAGAGAGCAGGCUUGAUGCUUGGAAAAUGUGAGAACGCAGUGAGAACGUGCUGUUUGUGGGAAACCAUGCCCACCAGACACUGAUUCAUUUUGAACAUCCAGCCUCUAGCAAUGAGAUACUUUCUGUUGUUUAUAAGCCAUGUGCUCAAUGGUUGAUAUUAUUCAUAGUAUUUUGCAUUCUGCAUGGACCUAGACAAGACAAAAGUGAGGAAGGUAGCCAGGGCACUGAGGAACAUGUGGGCAGAGAGACAGCAGGCCCGGGUCGUGGGGCGUGAGAACAUCUGUCAGCCAAGCAUUGCGAUGGAGACAUGCUGAUGUCAUUGUCAGUGGUUAGCUGGUUAUCAGUGAACCAGAGCAGAAGACCAUAACGGAAACCAUGACACCCACCCCACCCUAAGUUUGGGUUUCCUCCAAAACCAUUUCCCUCCUUCAAAUGAAUACAGUGGGAUGGGUAGAGGUUAUAAGUAAUCUUCAGGAGGCUCCCUCCAUGUCCCAGAGCCCGGAGAGAAUGGCCAUUUGCUUUUGCUUCUGCCUUUGAUCACACCUGCCUUGGAAUCCAUGGGAGGGUUUGAGGGUCAUCUGUACCCUGGCCUGUCCUUAUUCCUUUAUGGACUUUAUCAUGCAGGACUUUUCUCUAGGGCUGUGAUAUGCAACUCCCCUGUCCAAUAUCCACCACGCCCUCCUUGGAGCAAAGGAAGAUGGGCAAGGUCACGGCAAAUGUAUUAUACUGGUUUUCUGAAAAUAUUGAGUUCUUGCAUUUUAGUAGUGCAAGAGCUGCACAGCAUCCAUUGGCAGCUGGUACUCAUCAGCAAAGUGCAUCAUCAGAGAAACUUCAUGUACCGCAAACAGUGGCAGCAUCUCACUCUCUACAUGUCCUUCUUUCUGAAUGGGUGUGUAGAUGUGGUCAGCCAGAACCUGCUGCCCAAGAGGUGCAUAGUUCUGGAGCAAGGUGCCCAAGCCUUGAGCAUGUGUCUCCUUUUGCCACUGAUGGUGUCUCAUACGCAGGACACGGAAGGCGUAGAGCUGCAGACUCACAUGCUGCUCAUCCAGGCCCUGUUUCUGCUCACCCUAGUGGUGACUGUGGAGCUGUGGGCUCCCAAUGAACUGCUGCUUUGGAUGCUCAAGGCCUUUCUGUACCUUGUCACGGGCUCCUGGCUGAUGCAGAUUAGCUUCAUGCUCUUCAGACCAAUCUCUGGCUAUAAGUGGAUGGACGAUGACAAGAAUGACAUAGCCUUUGCCACCACUUUCUUCUGCUGGCAUGUGGCCUUCAACGCCUUCUUGAUGAUCUGGAUCUAUGGCUUCUCCAUGCUGUGGUAUCGUUACCUAGUUGCUGAUGCCUGAACCCGGACGUGCCCACGUGGGUUCCUGUUGCCUUCACACUCCCAGGACAUCUGGAUGAGAAAUGAUGAGGAGCAAGCUGCCAGGAGGACAUCUUCAGAGGUGCCCCACCUUGAGACAGCAGACUGUGGUGGGAUGGGUAUGCCUUCUUCCCU